AUGCAUCUCAGGACUGGUAUCACGGCGCUUUGCUGCAUGCUUGUUGGUGCAUCAGCACUGACGGUCAAAUCAACAAAGUCCUGGACAAUCGGCACCGAUCUCCAAGGUCCCGAGCGACUCAACGGAGUGAGCUACCAGGAAGAUGCCCUGAUCACCUUUGGCGACCAUCAAUAUGUCACCUUUUACGAAACGACCCCGGCUGGAUAUAACAACCACUAUGUCAAGGUUGGCCGUCGUCGUGUCAGCCCGUCGGUUGGCGACUGGGAAUACCUGACUCUUACCGAUUACGUCCAAAAGACUAUGGACGGGCAUAAUAUGAUUUCCAUGGGCAUCUCUGGCGAUGGUAAAAUUCAUCUCAGCUUUGAUCACCAUGACGUACCCUUGAACUACCGCGUGUCCAAGACGUCUAUUGCAAAGGAUGUCCCCUCAACGUGGACUGCGGACCUGUUUGGGCCUGUUGUUCACGAGCUUGCGGGAUCUACGGGUCCUUAUACGCCCUUGACUUAUCCCAGGUUUGAGUCACUGAGCAACGGUGAUAUGCUCAUGGAAUUCCGUAUCGGACAAUCUGGCGCUGGUGAUAGCUACAUUCACCGAUACAGCUCUUCGACUGGAAAGUGGCAGGCUUAUGGAAAAUACAUUGAGGGAGACGACAACAACGCCUACAUCAAUGGACUCAACUCCGUCAACGGAAAGCUGUACACCUCCUGGACUGUCCGUGAAACGCCAGAUGCAAACACCAAUCACGAUGUAUUCUUUGCCUACUCGGAUGAUGACGGGCGAACCUGGUUCAACACCAACGGCACCAAGCUUCCAAAGCCCAUUUCAACGUCCCUGGAUAGCACACUAAUCUGGGAUAUUCCUCAGAACAGCCGCAUGGUGAAUCAAGAGGGUCAGUUUGUGGAUGCCAAGGGCAGAGUUCAUGUUCUCAUGCGGGAUAACCUCAGCGGAGAACACCUCUACCAGCAUUAUCUCAGGGAUACAAACGGCAAGUGGACAAAGAAUGCCAUCAAGGUGAGUGGCAUCAACGGCCCCGAUCUCUUUGACCCUCGUGGAAAGUUCGCAGGAGACAAGUCUGGCGAGCACCUCAUCGCACUUCUCCCUGAUGCAAAGGCAUUGAAGACGGGAAUCUACGCAUCCACGGUAACUGGAGGGUUCAAGGACUGGAAGUUUCUGGCCGAUAUCCCCAACACCUCCACCGAGCCCUUGUUUGAUAGCACUCGCCUCCGUGACAAGGGCAUCUUGAGCGUGUUUGUGCGCCAGGCUGGGGGGUUUCCCGACAGGAAGCUGCAGGUCUGGGACUUUGAGCUUGCGUUUUGA